UUUUUGUUUACAUUUUUUUCAGGUUUGUUAUGGUUCCAAAAAUAACUAUCAACUAACGAUAAACAACAGACCUUAUAUAAUUGUACCAACACAGACAAUGCUAGGUCGAAUAACAUCUGCUGAUGAGUUGGAAGUAUGUGAAGAAGUAGGGAGAGGUGCAUUUGGAGUGGUGUAUCGUGGAGUGGUGAAAGAGACUAAUAAACAGGUUGCAAUCAAACAAAUUGAUCUUGAAAGUGAUCAAACUGAUUUAUUUGAAAUCAAUAAAGAGAUUCAAAUCAUUUCGGAAUGUCAAUUAUCUCAGAUAACUCAAUACUUGGGAUGUUUUGUGAAACGAUAUCAACUUUGGAUCAUAAUGGAGUUUGUGGAUGGAGGAUCAUUAUUUGAAAUGUUAAGACCUGGUCCUAUAAAAGACGAAACGGUGGUACUGAUUAUCAUUAAGGAAAUGUUAAUUGCAUUAGAUUAUCUUCAUAAUCAAGGGAAAAUCCAUCGAGAUUUAAAAUCCCAGAAUGUUUUAUUAAGUAAACAAGGAGAAAUCAAAUUAACUGAUUUUGGAGUGUCGGCUCAAUUAUCAUCCAGUUUCUCCAGGAGAAACACUACCGUGGGGACUCCAUAUUGGAUGGCGCCUGAAGUUAUAUUAAAUAAUAGUGGAGGUCAUAGUUUUAAGGCUGAUAUUUGGUCACUUGGUUGUUGUGCAUAUGAAGUAUAUAAUGGUAAACCUCCUUUACAAAAUAAAUUCCCUCCUAUGAAAGCAUUACAAAGAAUAUCAAGUUGUUAUAGAAAUAAUGAUUUUAUUGAUAUGAUUGGAUUAUCUGAAUUGGGAAUAUCAAGUUUGUUUAAUGAUUUCUUAACCAAAUGUUUCAUAGUUGAUCCUCGUGAUCGAUAUUCAGCUAGUAAAUUAUUAAAUCAUAAAUUCAUUACUCAAUAUGAUAAAUUGACGGAUAAAGCCAAGAAAGUUAAGAAAUUAAUCACUAAUAAACAAUUAAACGAUUUAGAAAACCAUGUGGUGAAAAAUCAUAACUUUUAUGUUCCUACUGAAAUCGUCAGGAAUCAACAGAAAUGGAAUGGACAAGAUGAAAAUGAUAAUAGGAUUGAAUUUGAUAUUAGUCUGAUUGAAUAUGAUCGUGAUUCAUUAUCAUCUCCGCCACUUGAGUCUCCAAGUUCGUCAAAAAAAUCAAUGACACCUGAAUCACCCAUCGAGAAGUCAACUAAACCGAAAGAUUCCGAUCCAAAGCAAGAUGUGUUGAUAAAGAUAUUAAAACCAGAAUUCAAUAAAGUAUUAAAUAAAUCAUUCCAUAAGUUAGAGACCAGAAAUAAUCUUUCCACCAAAGAAUAUGAUCAAAUCGUGAAUUUGAAUGAAGUUAUAUUAAAUUUAGUAUCGUUUAAUGCUAAUUACAAUGAUGAUAAUAAGAAGAUUUUAGUAUUUCAGUAUUUGAAGUAUAUGUUAAAGGAACUUGGUAAAGAAAGUGAACCAGAAAGUGCUAAACUGAUACUUCAAAAGUUGAUAUUACCAUCAUCAUUUUCCAAAGCAUCAUCAAUAAAUCAAAAAGAUGAACAUGGGGAAGCAUCUAGUAAUUACAAUUCUUUAAAGGUGAGUAAAUUUGAUGAGAUUGAAAAGAGUUUAUUUGAAGCUUGGGUUAAUAAGACAAGAGAGAAAUGGGCAUAGACAAUACAGCUCUUCUAUUUAUAGUUUAAUGAACAUUUAAUGAAGUUUA